GCACUACCAAAUGACUAAAUACAAAAUCUCUUUGUAGUUGCAUAAUAUUGGCUCUGUUGCAUUCAUCUAUUAAACUAGACCAAACCAGAACACUGUGGGCGGGUUUCUAAGAUUAUCACAUUAAGUUCGGGGCGGGAGGAUAAAGUUACGGAGACUCUGAACAUCAACACCUUAAGCGCAGAGUUGCUCCUAUCUGUGUGAAAAUGAGCAGCGGUGGUGCCCGAUGCAGGGCUGCAUCAGUUCCAGACACAGACACAGAUGAGCGAGAAACAGCAGUGACCUUGAAGAAAGAGAUCGGACUCCUCAGUGCAUGUGGUAUUAUUGUGGGUAACAUUAUUGGGUCUGGGAUCUUUGUAAGUCCAAAGGGUGUUUUGGAAAACAGCAGCUCAGUGGGUCUGGCUCUCAUCGUGUGGACUCUCACUGGCGUCAUCACUGCCAUCAGUGCUCUGUGCUAUGCUGAACUGGGAGUCACAAUCCCAAAGUCAGGUGGAGACUAUUCCUAUGUUAAGGACAUCUUUGGAGGGCUAGCUGGGUUUCUAAGGCUGUGGAUUGCAGUGUUAGUGAUCUAUCCAACUAACCAGGCUGUGAUUGCCCUCACAUUUGCCAAUUACGCAUUGCAGCCUCUCUUCCCUUCCUGCUUCCCCCCAGAGAGAGCGCUGGGUCUGCUCGCCGCCGUCUGCCUGUUGCUGUUAACCUGGAUUAACUGCUUCAGUGUCCGCUGGGCGACGCGUGUACAGGAUGUGUUCACCACAGGCAAACUCCUCGCCCUCUGCCUCAUCAUCAUCAUGGGCAUUGUGCAGAUCUGCAAGGGUAAUUUUUAUUGGCUGGAGCCAGAACAUGCAUUUCAUCCUCUCCAACCCUAUGACGUGGGUCGCAUUGCACUCGGUUUCCUGCAGGGCUCCUUUGCUUAUGCAGGCUGGAACUUUCUUAAUUAUGUAACAGAAGAGCUCAUUGACCCCUACAGGAACCUGCCUCGUGCGAUCUUCAUCUCAGUCCCUCUGGUUACUUUCAUCUAUGUAUUUGCGAAUAUUGCAUAUGUUACAGCUAUGAGCCCUCAGGAACUGAUUGCCUCCAAUGCUGUUGCUGUGACAUUUGGUGAAAAGCUGCUUGGGGUGAUGUCAUGGAUCAUGCCCAUCUCUGUGGCUCUGUCCACCUUCGGAGGGGUUAAUGGGUCCCUUUUCACAUCAUCUAGGUUAUUCUUUGCAGGUGCCAGGGAAGGACAUCUUCCCCGUCUGUUGGCAAUGAUUCAUGUGAACCGCUGUACACCCAUCCCAGCUCUGAUUUUCACUUGUAUAUCAACUCUACUGAUGUUGUGCACUAGCGACAUAUACACCCUUAUCAACUAUGUUGGCUUCAUCAACUACCUGUUUUAUGGGGUCACUGUUGCCGGGCAGAUUGUGCUUCGCAUCAAAGAACCAGACAUGCAUCGACCAAUCAAGGUGAGCUUGGCGUGGCCAGUAAUUUUCCUGAUUUUCUGGGCAUUCCUGCUGAUCUUCUCUCUCUACUCGGAGCCUGUGGUGUGUUGCAUUGGUCUGGCCAUUAUGUUGUCAGGUGUUCCUGUCUAUUUAUUUGGCAUCUAUUGGGAAAACAAGCCUGAGAGCUUCAACUCCUUUGUUGCUAAACUGACACACUUGGGGCAGAAGUUGUUCAUGGUGGUAUAUCCUGAUGGAGGCAGUGAAGACGGGAAUGAAGAUGAAGACGAAGCUGGAUAAGAUUACAAGAAGUUAAUUUACUGAUUCAUUCAUGGAUAUUCAUUCAUCAGCUAAGCUUAAGCAAUGUGAAUUUGGUAGGUUAUGAAAAUGCAAAACAAACAUGCACGUACAGUGUGGAGGACAAUGUAAUAGCUAAGAAGUAUUUUUCAUUUGAAAGACUGGCCUUAAACAUUCUAGGUGCAAUACUGCCACCAAUUGGCAAGAUUGUUAGAAACAAUAUGAAUAUUGUUGCUGUGACCGUUAUGGUUCAUUUUGUAUUUUUAUAUUGAGCAUAUUAUUGUACUCUUUCCAUCAGUCUCUGGUGUUUGUAUUACCUAAAUUGUAUACUCUAUUGUAAAAAGGUUGAAUAAUCCUGAAGAUAAUGUUUUGCAUUUUUUGUGUGUGCGUUUAAUUUUUAUUUGCAUUUCAGUCUUCAGACUUGAAAAUAAAUUAUGACUAAAAACAACACAAAAAGAAAAAGAAAAAGAAUGAAAGAAAGCUGUGUUAUUUACCAGCAUGGAAUCUUGCCAGCAUGGAAAAUGUCUGUAAUUUAGAAGUAAAUGGGAACAAUAGCCUGAUGUGUUAUAUAACUCACAUCCUACACCCUGCUUUCAUGUUGGACAAGGACAUAAAAACAUGUCCAAAAUUAUGUUACAUUUAGCAUUGGAGAACAUAUUUUUUAUUUUAAACGGACUCAUUUCAGCACACAGGCCUUUAUCAAGGUAGAGAGUAAUAGGUUUAAAAAUAUGAAUGAAUCAAAACUAAAGCAAGGUUCAAAAUGUAAGUCAACUAUGUGGUAGAAUUGACCAGAAUGUGUGACAUCUACCAGUGAAAAUAAAAUAAUAAAUUUCACAAUGUGCUGUUGUUCUACAGAUCCAACUGUGUUUAAAAUGCCAUGACUUUAUUCCACUACAGUCGUGUCCAUUCUUUGGAAAACAAAUGGGUCCUUCCACCAGUGCACAAUAUUGUAAGAACAGAGUUGACAGAGUUCAGCACAAGAACAAACAAUGGAUAAAUGAAUG